UCCACUGUGCCGCCAUCGCUACUGGGCUUGACAAAUGGCGAAGAGGUUGCGACUUUCCAACGACAUCAGCAGAUUGCUUUGUCUAGAGCAAACAACAACGCGCGCUCUGCGGCUGCAAAUGGAAGAGUCUUGGUGGACGCCGGCAGUUUGCAACUGCUAGCCAAUCACUUUGACCAUGUUAUGGCUGGCAUACAGCGAAGAGCUGAUCUUUUGACCCGCGAAACACAAGCUUCGGUGCAAAGACAGAGCUCAAGGGCCGUCUCCUCGAUCCAGGCUGCCAAUGCAGAGAUUGCCCGGGUUCAUGACCUUCUGAGACAGAUAGAUGAGCUCGAAACCGAGUUUGACAAAAUAAGACGUAUCCGCGACAUUGUGGCGGCUUUCAGAGCUCGAGUUGAAGCCCUGGAGAGAAGAGUG